ACACUGGAGCUUUAAAUGAGUCGGACCUCCCAAACCUACUCCAGACAAACCUCUAACAGGCGGGUCCGACCUCCUUUUGUCCCGCCCUCUGCUCCGCCGCUGUCCUCUCCUCUCCUGAACGCUGAUGUGUUACUAACUUCUGCCACCAAGUCCGAGAAAAUGUUCAACUUCGGAUCAAAGUUAUUGUUGCUUUUCCUCCUGGCCUUCCCCUGUGGACUCGUUUCCAUCGGCCAUGUGUCCGCAGAGUCAGACUCUGCUGAGGACAUUGCUGAGGAUGCUGAUGCUGCAGUAGAUGAGGAGGAAGAUGAGGAAGAGGUCCUUGUUGAGGAAGAUCAGAUACAAGCCUCAGAGGGUGAGGAAGAUGAGUCCGAUGAAGCUGCUGACAAGCUGUUAUCUUCUCACCCUGAUGCCGACACCACCAUCAUCUUCACGACAGGAGAAGAGUUUCCUGCCAAUGAAAUUGUGAGGUUCCUGGUGGGUUUCACCAACAAGGGGAGUCAGGAUUUCACCGUUCAGUCGUUGGAGGCCUCCUUCCGGUAUCCGCAGGACUUCCAGUUCUACAUUCAGAAUUUCACAGCUUUGCCCUUGAACACCGUGGUGCAGCCUCAGGCUCAGGCCUCCUUUGAGUACUCUUUCAUCCCAGCUCAGCCCAUGGCUGGUCGUCCAUUUGGUCUUGUUAUCCUCCUCAACUAUCUUGACACUGAGGGCAGCGUGUUCCAGACUGCCAUUUACAACCAGACUGUCACCAUCACUGAGAGAGAAGAGGGACUGGACGGAGAAACAAUGUUCAUGUACGUGUUCCUGGUUGGACUGGUGGUCCUGAUGCUCUUUGGGAUGUACCAGGUCCUGGAGUCAAGGACGAAAAAGAGGAUGCCAGUGAAAAUAGAGAAGGGCACUGGUGGGAUAAAUGAUGUGGACAUCAGCUGGAUUCCUCAGGAGACUCUCAAUGUCAUGAACAAGGCUUCCCCUAAAACAUCUCCACGGAAACGAACCAAGAGGGCAGCUGGAGCAGAUCAAUAAAACUGUCCAUUUUCCAUCCAUCAUCAUGCUGUUUCCAUCCAUAUCAUAUUAUUGAUUACCUUUCACAAUGAGUCAGCAUUGCUGGAAUACAAUUUCCAGCAAACACCAGUGUGUUAAAGAUGUUUGUAUGGAUCUCAGCCUCUCAGACGCUAACAGGACUCAACUACAGCUCAUUUUUAAAGCGACUUUUUUUAUCUGUAUGUGAGUGCGCGUGCGUGUGUGUGUGUGUGUGUGUGUGUGUGUGUGUGUGUAAGGUGAGAAAAGAGAAUAAAAUAAGUCAUUAAAAAUCAUGGAAAAACAAAAGAGAUAUGAUAUAAGCUGCCCCCCCAUGAAAGCUGUUAAGCCAUAAUAAUUUUGUUGAAGAUUGAUUUGUCAUCUGAAGGAUAAAAUAGAUUUUAUGACUUCAAAACAUUCAUAUUUCAUCCUCCUCUCUGUCUUGUAAACACCAUUGUGCCUUACCUGUACUGUGACUCUGAUCCCCUAUAAUCAACCCCUAUACAGUCACAUACAGCCACAUACAGUCACAUACAGUCACAGUAUGGCCGGAGGUUUGUAAAACUUUGAGUUGGAUGUGGUAUUUGUUUUACAGUGGGGCAAUGGCAGCUGCAAGUCUAACAAACAUUCAAACAGUGUUCUCUGGAGGUUUCUGCAGGUUAAUUUAUCUGUUUCAUCUCCUUACUGUUGUAAGAGGCUAGGUGAAGCAUUUCGAACUCUUGCUAGGUGCUAACGGUGCAGUCAGUCUCAGAUUGUAGGCCAUUAUUUGUGAUGAAAGAUCUUCUGAACAACAAUAAAAGGGUGAACAAAAUG